GCUAGUCAAGUCAAUUGUAACGACGACUAAGACCGGUGAACAUCGAGGAGAGGUCGUGGAGGAAUUUACCAUCUAGCCACCAUCGCCGUUCGCCAAUUACACCAUGGCUGAUACCGAAAAGGCGCCGCAGCCGCAGCCCCAACAGCAGCAGCAACAAGAGCAACAACCCCAACAGCAACCGCAACAAGUUAAAGCGGCUAAACAAAAGCAGGUCAUUGCUGAGAAAGUUUCGGGAACUGUCAAAUGGUUUAACGUGAAGAGUGGAUAUGGUUUCAUCAACAGGAAUGACACCAAGGAGGAUGUAUUUGUGCAUCAAACUGCGAUCGCCCGGAACAACCCUCGCAAGGCUGUGCGCUCGGUCGGCGACGGGGAGGCGGUGGAGUUUGCCGUGGUUGCCGGGGAGAAAGGCUAUGAAGCAGCCGGAGUAACUGGUCCCGGUGGUGAGCCAGUAAAGGGCUCGCCCUACGCAGCUGACAAACGCCGCGGUUUCCACCGCCAGUACUAUCCCCGUCAAGGUGGCGGACGUGGUGGGGAGGGCGCUCCACGUAGAGGUGGAAUAGGACGUCGUGGGCCCCCGCCCAACCAGGGGGGUGCACAGGGGGAUGAAGGUCAGGAGGGUGGCGGAGCACCACCACAGCGCAGCUAUUUCCGUCGCAAUUUCCGCGGCGGACGCCGUGGUGGCGGUCCCGGGCCAAUGAACCGUGGCGGCUACCGUCGUAUGCGUCCACGCAACUUCCAGCAGGGCCAGGGACAGGGUCAGCCCCAAGCAGGUGGUCAGCCGAACCAAGCACCACGCCAGAACGGUCAAGAGGCAGAGGCCCCAGCCACUGCUGCUUCACCAACCCAACAGGCUAAGCCAAAACCAACCAACAAGCCUGCUGGAACCACCAUUGAGACCACAACCAAUGAGAGCCAGGCCUAAACACCCUGCAGCUGCACUGUGUGGCGCACACCCUUACGUAGUGAAUGUUAAUUCUAGCUGUGCCACAUAUCCAUCACAACUUUGUCUUGUCUGUACAACUGAAGAGUGUUUUGUUUUAUUGUUGUUGCAGAAGCUUUUACAUCUAAGAAACUCUGCACUUUAUCAUCUUUUUAUUGGAAUGUAAUGUAAGGGGAAGGUUUAAAUGGAACUGCAUAGUUUGAAGUAUCAUAGAUCAAAAAUGUGAUAUUUUUAUUAUUCUAAACGUUAUCAAUUUUUUUAUUAUACUGGCAACAUGAGUGUGUAAAGUAUUUUUUAACCAAUGACAUAUUAUACAAGUUUUGGAUAACCAAAGUUUUAACUGUGCAUCUAAUGUUUAGAAAUUGAAAUUAAAUGCAGGUUCCUACGCCCCAAAUGAUUUGUGCAUGUUAAAGAAAGGUGAUUAGUUAAUUAUAAAUUUUAAGGAUACAUGUUUUAACAAGUCUUAUUUGUAAUUAAAUCAUUCGUGCUGAAAACAACACUCUCAGAAAUAAAAACUUCUUUUUACCUGUGUGAAAA